AUGUCGGCUUCAUCGUCUCAUUCUCCACUACUACAUGAUAAUCAAGACGAUUUACAUGUAGAUCUACCUCCAGCAGCAGCACCACCACCUCCGCCGCCAUCACAGCAGCUGAAUCACCUGCACUCAUGGUUUCACUACCACCCCCAGAUCCAACAACUUGGGCCUGAGAUGAUCAUCACCCCACCAUCCAUCCAAAUGCGCCAACUCCUCCUGAGCUGUGCCCAGCUCAUCUCUCGCUCUGAUAUCACUGCGGCUCACCGCCUCAUCUCCAUCCUCUCCACCAACUCUUCCCCUUACGGUGAUUCCUCAGACCGAUUAGUUCAUUCUUUCACCAAAGCUCUCUCCAUCCGCCUUCACCCCAAUAUCAAUCCACCAAACCUUACUGACUCUAACAAUUUCAUCAUCACUCAACGUUGUAAUACUUCCUCCAAUUACAAUGAUGCCAUCCUCCAGUCAUCCUAUUUGUCCCUCAAUCAAAUAACUCCAUUCAUAAGAUUUAGUCAGCUCACUGCUAAUCAAGCUAUCUUGGAAGCCAUUGAUCAACCCCAACCACAAAAUCAUUCUUUUACUUCUUCUCCUCAACCUCAUGAUAUUCAUAUAUUGGAUUUCGACAUCAUGCACGGCGUCCAGUGGCCGCCGUUGAUGCAAGCCAUCGCCGACCGCCACCAUCCUCCAACCCUACGCAUCACCGCCACCGGCACCAACCUUGACAUCCUUCGUAGAACCGGAGAUCGUCUCUCCAAGUUCGCCCAUUCACUCGGUCUCAGAUUCCGAUUCUUCCCCCUCCUACUUCCUGACCAAACCAACAACCACCACACCGUCGACGACGUCAUCAACCACCUCUCGGCGGUUCUCCUCCUCCCUAACGAAAUCCUCGCCGUGAAUUGCGUCCUCUACCUCCACCGCCUCUUGAUCGACCGAGAUAAACUCUGCUUGUUACUAAGAAAGAUCAAGGCCAUGAACCCUAGAGUGGUUACCUUGGCAGAGAGAGAAGCGAACCACAACCACCCGAUAUUCCUCUCGAGGUUUACAGAAGCGAUGAACUAUUACACCGCUGUUUUUGAGUCGCUGGAGGCAACGCUACCCCCAAACAGCAGGGAAAGAAUUGAGGUGGAGCAAGUGUGGUUCGGGAGAGAGAUCGCAGAUAUAGUAGCGGCGGAGGGAGAGAACAGAAAAGAGAGACACGAACGAUACCGAUCCUGGGAGGUGAUGAUGAGGAGUGCAGGAUUUCGUAACGUUUCGCUCAGCCCUUAUGCGCUUUCACAGGCCAAGCUGCUGUUGAGACUCCAUUAUCCAUCUGAAGGUUAUAAUCUUGAGGUUACCAAUGACUCUUUCUUCUUGGGUUGGCAGAAUCAACUUCUUUUCUCUGUUUCUUCAUGGCAUUAA